GAGGAGUUGGCAGAGGAGGGGUUGGCAGAGGAGGGGUUGGGAGAGGAGGGGUUGGUAGAGGAGGGGUUGGCAGAGGAGGAGUUGGCAGAGGAGGGGUUGGCAGAGGAGGAGUUGGUAGAGGAGGAGUUGGCAGAGGAGGGGUUGGCAGAGGAGGAGUUGGUAGAGGAGGAGUUGGCAGAGGAGGGGUUGGCAGAGGAGUUGGUAGAGGAGGAGUUGGUAGAGGAGGAGGUUAAUGAUGAAAGAGAUGAAGAGGAGGAGGAGAAGGAGGAGAGAGAAGAGGUGGAGGAGAGCGAUGACAAGAGAUCUGAAUCUGAUUUUGAAGAAGGCAGAAGUGUUGAUAGUCAUCCAUCAUCAGAUAGCAAAGUCUGUUCCAGUGGCAGGAUGUUAGAGGAAGUCUGUUAUAUAGAAGAGGAGGGAGAGGGCACCUGGGAGGAGCAGAACUAUGAUGAGGGGGAGCGGGUGGAAGAAGAGGAGGCAGCAGAGGUAGGGUCUGAAGUAUCAAUGUCAAGGAAGUCAAUGAAGUCUGGAAAGUCAGAGAAAUCAGAGGUAUGGUCUGAAGUAUCAAUGUCAAGGAAGUCAAUGAAGUCUGGAAAGUCAGAGAAAUCCAUCAAGUCAGAGAAAUCAGUAAAGUCAGAUAAAUCAGAGCUAGAGUGUAAAGCAUCAGAGCAGGGUGGAAAGGAGUCAAAGAAAUCAAUGAAGUCAGAAAAGUCAACAAACUCAGUAAUAAAAGAUAAGUCAGAGAAAUCAAAGAAAUCAGCAAUAACAGAUAAGUCAGAGAAAUCAAUGAAUUCAGUCAAUUCAGAAAAGUCAAUGACUUCAAUGCAGUCUGCAAAUUCAGAUAAGUCUGCUGUAGAGUGUAAAGUCUCAGAAGACGAGGAGGUUGACGCAGUGUCCAACAACUCCUCCUCUGGAGCCAUAGACCUCCGCAGGGUCAACGGUCAGGGUCUAGACGCCUCCAACGAAGGAGAGGAAGAAGAGGAUGAGGAAGAAGAGGUCAGAGGUCAAGACUGCUCCCAUCCUGUGGAGAUAUCUCAGGAGCUUCUAGACUUCGUCAACACUGCUCUGAACUCCUCCUCCCUGAUGUUCACCUACGACCCUAAGGGUAACCUGCGGAUCGAGCCGGAGAGGGCAACCAGGGUCGUCCAUACCAAACAGAUGUUUAUAUUUAACGGGAGCGUGGACAGCCAGUACGGCCUGAAGAGACUGCCCAGCCCCAACACCUCUGACCUGUCUGACUACAGACCUGAGACGUCCAGCAGCGGAGGGUACAAGAACCAGGCGUCAGUGGACAUGUCCACGGAGAGCGAAGACGGAGACAAGGAGGAGGCAGGGAGACACUCGCCUGGCUCUCGACCUAUCAGACAGACUAGUGACAAGCAGAGUAAAGCCAGUACCACCUCUCUGGAGCUCUGGGCCUCUAAACCCUCGUCAGAAACUAAAGCAGAUCAGUUAGAGAAUCCCGAGAGUCUUGAAGGGAAGAGGCCCACAAGGAGCUUUGAGUCUCGUGACUCUGGGGCUAAAGUCUCUGGGGAGAGCCUGUCGUACGUUAGCGGGUCCAGCUCAGUGAAGACAGAACCAGGACCAGAGCCAGUCAGGAUGAUCGAUCAGGGGCGAUGGCUGCUCAAGGAGGGGGGCUCUCCUGAAGGGGUGGGAGGAGCGUGGCAGAGCGCAGCAGACUCUAAGAGCCUCCCUGACUCUAGUGAGGGGGUCCUGAUUGACCAGGGGCGUUGGCUCCUUAAGGAGAAUCACCUAAUCAGGAAGUCUCCCCCGGUUCCCAUGGGGAUGUACGGUAACCUUGACAACACGUCUGUGGAUACGACCCAGGAUAACAACAGUGAGGAGGCUCGAGCCUACGACCACCACUCCUCUCACCACUCUGCCUGUUCCCACCACCACCACCUCAACCCCUUGGCUGUCCUCUCCUCCUCCGAGCUAGAGGAGCUGGCCCGACCUCCGACCCCUAAGUGCACCUACUACAACAUGUCUCAUAGCAGCGACUCAGACCCCUUCCUGGACGACCUCAGCCUCAACGGGAACGGGGCCAGGGAGAGGUCAGAGGGAGGGGAUCAGGGAGAGGUCAGAGGGAAGGAGCCAGGGAGAGGUCAGAGGGAAGGGGUCAGGGAGAGGUCAGAGGGAAGGGAUCAGGGGUUGCAGAGCAGGUGUAAGAGGGAGACAGCUGUGGAGACAUCCCGGACCUGGGCCAGGAAAAACGGCAGCAUGUCGUCGUUCGCCUCGGUGGAGUUCAGGAUGCCGGACGGCAGGGUGCAUCCGGAGGCGGGGCUGGCUGGGUCAGGGGCUGCUGUGGAGCAGAGUACCAGGACUGCAGUGGGCAGGGCUCUGCAGGUACAGGGCAGUCUGGAGUCUCUACGCUGUGGACCGCAUUGUCCUAUACUAUAAUGACUGCAAUACAGACCUGUCCCAUACUAUAAUGACUGCAAUACAGACCUGUCCCAUACUAUAAUGACUGCAAUACAGACCUGUCCCAUACUAUAAUGACUGCAAUACAGACCUGUCCCAUACUAUAAUGACUGCAAUACAGACCUGUCCCAUACCAUAUACAACACAGACCUGUCCCAUACCAUAUACAAUACAGACCUGUCCCAUACCAUAUACAACAUAGACCUGUCCCAUACCAUAUACAAUACAGACCUGUCCCAUAUCAUAUACAAUACAGACCUGUCCCAUACCAUAUACAAUACAGACCUGUCCCAUAUCAUAUACAAUACAGACCUGUCCCAUAUCAUAUACAAUACAGACCUGUCCCAUAUCAUAUACAAUACAGACCUGUCCCAUACCAUAUACAAUACAGACCUGUCCCAUACCAUAUACAAUACAGACCUGUCCCAUACCAUAUACAACACAGACCUGUCCCAUACCAUAUACAACACAGACCUGUCCCAUAUCAUAUACAAUACAGACCUGUCCCAUACCAUAUACAACACAGACCUGUCCCAUACCAUAUACAAUACAGACCUGUCCCAUACCAUAUACAAUACAGACCUGUCCCAUACCAUAAUGACUACAACACAGACCUGUCCCAUACCA